UUAAUUGGCUACUUCCUUACUCCAUUGUUUUCAUCGAGUUAUUGUCUGGAGCAGGCAACUUUCUCGGAAUUUCCCAAGUUCAAAUUCAUCCAGACAUGACCAGUUUCAACCUUCAUCAAUCCCCUCCAAGGGUUUUCUUUCUCACAAAAAUCAGAACCCAGAACUGUAGCUUCCUUCAUCAAUGGCUGGCUCCCGUGUUCCAAAAUUUGGCAAUUGGGAUGAUGAUAAUGUACCUUAUACGACCUACUUUGAAAAUGCUCGCAAAGAGAGAGCUAGUGUUAUUAGGAACCCAAAUGAUCCAGAGGAGAAUCCAGGGGCCUUGAUGCAUAUGAGAGGAAAGCUGGAAAGUGAUGGUGAUCCCAGCCUGUUUCAGAUUCCCCAUCCUGUCAAUUCAAAUAAGCCUAUUUCGUCAAGACCAUACUACGCUGAAGGGCAUAGGAGGCACAAUGCUCAUCUGAGGCAGGGCCAUAGGAGCAUGUCAUCAGAAUUUGGCAGUGAGAAAACCACCUCAGAGCAUUCACUGGCAGGUCAUCAAUACGCAAACUCUGACAAGAGGAGAGGUCGGGCUGAGGGGAAAAAUAGCUUCUCCGUUUCAGUAUCAGGGCAUUCAAGACUGAGAAAUAAAAGCUAUGCAUCUGAUGAUAAUAAACAUCAUAGAUCAACCUCGGUACCAAAAUUUGGGGCUUGGGAUGAAGCUGACCCAAAAUCAGGUGAUGGAUUCACUGCCAUCUUUAACAAAGUAAGAGAAGAGAAACAAAGUCCGUCUUCCCUGUUUCCAGUUGUGCACCCACAACCAAACAAUUUCUUGGAUGGUCAUAGCAAGCAUCGAAGUUCUUCCCUUGAUUCAAAAGUAAGCUUGAGAUUUAAGCUUGUUCAUUUUCUCGGAAGAGUGUGAGAAUGUCUUCUUGGUGCUCUCUGUUAGGCAUAAUAACAUAAAAACGUUAAGAAACACUUUAAAGUGCUUCACUGAAUUCUGAUACUCUUACCGAUUACUCAAUAUACUCUUGGUAUUUCUAGUUUUGCUCUUUAUAAUUUCGUUUUAUGCUCUUCAUUUCAAUUUUGUUUCCUUUAGAUUUUGCUUUUGUUGCUUUUGGCUUAAUUUAUUUGUUUUGAAUCAUGCAGAUAUGCUGCUGUAUAUUUUCGCGUAAGAGAAACUAAUUUGCAUGGCUUUUGGAUUUCCUUCUCUCUGCCUUAUGUACAAAUGGACAUUGUAUCCAUCUUGAUAUUUUUCAUUUGAGAUUCUGGGUCUAUUUGGUUUGGCGGUUCUUAACAAUUGAGCUAUCAAAUAUAGAAUAGCUAAUAUUAGUAAAAAAUCAAUCUAUAAACUGAUAUUUUUAAAUAUCUUAAAUAUUUAAGGGAAAAAAUAGCAAUCAGUUAU